CAGUAAAGGCUUUAAAAAAUAUAAACUUGUUCAAUCAGGAUUGUAAACAAUCAACUUAGUCAGGUUAUUAAACGACAUUAAUUGACUGUUGUGUUGAGAGAAAAAGAAAUAAAAAAUGGAAGUACAACAGUUAGAAUUGUUUUGCAAACAAUUUUAUGAGUGCACCGAUCCAUUGCAUCGAACAAAAGCUGAGAAAAUUCUCUUUGACUUCCUUGACGAUCCCGAUGCACUCGCUAAAUGUCAAAUGCUUCUGGAUCGAGGUGAUUCACCUUACUCACAGCUUCUUGCAGCGACCACACUUACAAAAUUAGUAUCAAGAAAUGUUCAAGGUUUGAGCUUACAACAAAGAGUUGAUAUUAGAAAUUAUAUUUUGAAUUAUCUUGCGACGAGACUCAACCUUCAAUCCUAUGUUUCGCAAGCACUCAUCGCUCUUUUAGCAAAGAUAACAAAAUACGGCUGGUUUGAUUCCUACAAAGACGAACUCAUAUUUCGAAAGAUUGAUUUGGAUGUGAAAGAAUUUCUGAAAGGGAGCGUCGAACAUUGUAUGAUUGGCGUCAAAAUUCUAUCACAAUUAACAAGCGAGAUGAAUCAAAUCGCGGACAUAGAUGUCAAUUUAUCCUUCACACGUCACAGGAAGAUCGCUUGCUCGUUUCGCGACACUCAACUCUUCGACAUUUUCUUGCUUUCAUGUGAAUUGUUGGCAAGAGCAAGAGACAACAGUAACAGCUUAAAUUUAGUAGAUGAGACACAACAAGGAUUGAUUACGGAUUUACUUCAAUUAGCAACCAAUUGUUUGAGUUUUGAUUUCAUUGGGACGUCAGCUGAUGAAUCGACAGACGACAUGACGACAGUACAAGUGCCAACAAAUUGGCGCUCAGCGCUUCUCGAGCUUGAUUCAUUGAAACUUUUCUUCGAUCUCUAUCAAAUAUUGCCACCAUGCAUCUCAAGUUUAGCUCUGACGUGUCUUGUUCAAAUAACGUCAAUACGACGAUCAUUAUUUAGUAACAGUGAACGCAUUAAGUUUCUAAAUUGUUUGGUCGCUGGUGCUGUUGAGAUUUUAAAAACGUCACACGGUUUAAGUGAACCACAAAAUUAUCACGAAUUCUGUCGACUAUUAGCGCGUUUAAAAUCAAAUUACCAACUUGGGGAACUCGUUGUGGUCGAUAAUUAUGCUGAAGCAAUUCAACUCAUUGCGAAGUUUACCGUGCAGUCGCUGCAAAUGUGGUCGUUUGCUCCUAACAGUGUUCAUUAUUUGAUGUCGUUAUGGCAACGAAUGGUGACAUCAGUGCCGUAUGUUAAAGCACCUGAGCCUCAUUAUCUCAACUCCUACACACCCGAAGUUGUUAAAGCUUACAUCACAUCACGUCUUGAUUCAGUGACGCCGAUUAUACGUGACGGUCUCGAUGAUCCACUCGAUGACUUAGGAAUGGUGUUGCAACAACUCGAACAAUUAUCGACAAUCGAACGAUGUGAAUAUGAAAAAACCUGCGCUUUGAUUUUCAAUCUCUUUGAUCAGACUGCUGCUAAAUAUCAGGAGAUUAUUUCGAUGCCAACAGCAAGUACCAUUGAAAUACAAAUUGUUAACAAUCAAUUAACGUGGUUGGUUUAUGUGAUUGGGUCGUGUAUUGGUGGGCGCGUUUGUUCAACAGCAACAGACGAACAUGAUGCGUUAGAUGGUGAUUUGAUAAUAAGAGUUCUUCAGCUAAUGAGUCUCACCGAUUCACGAUUGCCGCAAGGUGGAUUCGAAAAGAUGGAAAUCGCUUACAUGAACUUCCUUGAAAUGAUACGAAAAAUCUACAUAAACGAACACACACAAAAGCUGAAAGUUUAUAAAAGAUUGUCGGAAGUGUUGGGUGUUGAUGAUGAGUCGAUGAUGUUAUUGGGAAUGAUAAGUCGAAAGAUUAUAACAAAUUUGAAAUUUUGGGGAAAUUCAGAACAAAUUAUUCGUAAAACUCUCAAUUUACUUAACGAUUUAACACUCACGUACAGCUUAAUUCGUCGUCUUGUAAAGUUGGAAGAGAUUCAAUUUAUGUUAGCAAAUCACACGAGCGAAUAUUUUUCAUUUCUUGGAUCUGGUAACAUGGCAAAUACAAGAAAUCGAAGCAUCUUUUAUACAUGUUUAGGACGUUUAUUAAUUCUGGAUCUGAAUGAAGAUAUUGGAAGUUUUGAGACUUUUAUGAUGCCAUUGACAAAUGCUUUCGAUUCCAUCGGUCGUGUGAUGAUGAACAGCAUCGAUCCAGGUGAACAAGUAAAAAAUGCUUUGAUUGGACUUGCAAGAGAUAUUCGUGGAUUGGCUUACAGCUUUAAUCAAAAAACACCAUACAUGAUGUUCUUCGAUUGGAUUUAUCCAACAUAUUCUCCAAUUCUCAUUCGUGCUGUUGAGAUUUGGGCACACGAUCCAUCCGUUACCACGCCAGUGUUGAAAUUCUUUGGUGAACUUGUACAGAAUCGUUCGCAACGUCUGGUGUUUGAUGUGUCUAGUCCAAACGGGUAUUUAUUGUUUCGUGAAACAUCGAAGCUCAUCUGCUGUUACGGGAGUCGGAUCCUAACGAUUGACGUUCCAAAAGAUCAAAUGUAUCAGAUGCGCUUCAAGGGAAUUUCAGUUUCAUUUCUUAUGUUGAAGUCGAUCCUAUGCGGAAAUUAUGUAAACUUAGGCGUCUUUAAGCUUUAUGGUGAUAAUGCAUUUGAUUCGGUGAUGAAUACAGCUGCAAAGUUGAUCUUGUCCAUUCCACAUAAGGAUUUGUUGGAAUAUCCAAAACUCAGCACAGCUUAUUACAUUCUUCUCGAAUGUUUGGCUCAGGAUCACAUUAAAUUCUUGUCAACGUUGGAACCAACAGUUUUUCUUUACAUUCUUGAAAGCAUUUCCGAAGGAUUGAAAGCACUUGACUUGAUGAUAAUUUCCGGUUGUUGUGUGACAUUAGAUAACAUCCUUUCCUACAUUUUUAAACAGAAAACGGAAGCUUCAUUCCCAACAAAAAAGUUACGUCAAGUUGCUGAGACUGAAUCGAAUAUGUUUUUGGAAGUCACCGAAAGACAUCCUGAGAUUCUACAGCGUAUUUUAUCGACUCUUUUAAAUGUUGUGAUGUUUGAAGACUGUAAGAAUCAGUGGUCAAUGUCACGUCCACUUUUUGUCUUAAUUCUUCUUUAUGAAGAUUAUUUCAGACAACUUCGUGAUAACAUUAUCCGUUCACAACCAUUAGAUAAACAACAACAAAUGACGUCACUUUUUGAGAUGCUUAUGGAAGGGGUUGAACGUAAUUUAUUAACUCGAAGCAGAGACAGAUUCACACAAAAUCUUAGCUUGUUCCGAAGAGAUAUUAACGACUCACUGAAAACAGCAAAUGUCAACAUGAAUGACAUGAUUGUGUCGUAGUUACUCAACGAAGGAUAUAAUUUGUCGUUAGCAUUUUGAUGUUUAAGCCAAUCAUCACGAAAAAAAAGAGAAAAAAGUUAGAAAGAAGCAAUUCUGAAAUUACAUAGAAGAAAAAAGAAUGAAAUCGGGUUCAGAGAACGCUUUAAAGUAACGUGAAAUAAAUUCUAAGCUUAAUUUUGUCUUUUUUUAAUUUGUACAAUUCAUGGAUAAAUUUUAAUACAAAAAAAAGGAGAAAAUUUUUAAAUAAAAACAAUGCUGAUUGAAAAAAUGUAUAUAAAUAAAUAAAUAAAUGAGAAUAUCCUAAUUCAA